CACACUUCCCCAAUAUAUUCUAUGAAAUAUAUUAAUACAAAGUCCUUUGAACUCUUUUGAGUCUCCCUAUAUAAGGUUUCACAUCUAGCCCUUUUCAUCACAAGCUUCAACUCUUUCUCUCCCUCUCAAAUCUAGUCAUUUUCAUCACAAGCUUGUAUUGUACCAAAUCUAGCCUCUUUUUCUCUUUCAGUACCAAAAAUACUAAUGGCUGAUGCUACUACGAUCGAUGUAGCGCAUGCAGAAGAGACAAGGAGAGAGGCUAAAGGUAAAGCUCCUCUUUUGGCAACUCCAGUGGUUGUUGCAGCAACCACCAAGGCUAUGGAGCAUGAGAAAGGAGGGUAUAAGAGAGGGAUUGCGAUAUUUGACUUCGUUUUGAGGCUAGGUGCUCUUGCGGCCGCUCUAGCUGCAACUGCCACAAUGGGAACUACUGAUCAGACUCUUCCUUUCUUCACUCAGUUCUUCCAGUUCCAAGCCAGCUACGAUGAUAUGCCCGCAUUUCAAUUUUUUGUGAUUGGAAUGGCAAUAGCAAGUGGCUACCUGGUCCUCUCCCUUCCUUUCUCUAUAGUCCGCAUCGUUCGGCCACAUGCAGUAGCACCAAGGUUGCUCCUUAUCGUCUUAGACACUGUGAUGCUUGCUUUGACCACUGCAUGUGCAAGCUCGGCGGCUGCGAUAGUCUACUUGGCUCACAGUGGGAAUCAGAGUGCGAAUUGGUUAGCUAUAUGUCAGCAGUUCACUGAUUUCUGCCAGCAAACCAGUGGAGCGGUGGUGGCAUCGUUCAUUGCAGUGCUCAUCUUCUUGUUCUUAGUUGUCUUGUCUGCCAUCGCUCUUCGAAAACAUUAAGAACAAGAUGGAAAACUCUGUUUGAUUUGGUUGUAUUGUCUUCAAAUUUAUCAUUUGUGUUUCUUCAGUGUUUUAUUAUUAUUGUCAAUGUGAGGGGAAAAAAAAUGAAAGUGAAAUGGAAAAUGUUGUAUUUGACCUUGUGAUAUGCAAGAACAUGCAAUGGAAAGUAUGGCAUUAAUUGGAUAUGGAAAAAGUUAGGAAUUAUGAAA